AUGGCGGACACAGCAACUCAACCUACAGUAGUCCCGCCGACCCUGCAGGCAGGCGGCGGCGCCAGCGAGACGCAGCGCACCGUCAAGACGCUCAACGACUCCAUCCUGCCUCACCUCACAAAGAUCUUCAACGUCCACGCCGGCAAGGACGACAAGAAGUGGCACAAGGAGCAGAUCGCAUCCUUCGUCAAGAACGUCCAGGCCGAUGACGAGUGCAUCGAGCACCUGAAAGCCAUCGGGGCCGCCGCGCCGGAUGAGUUGGACUUUAACGGGUUCUUGACCUACAUGACCUCCUCCUACUCGGCCAUCACCCGCCCGGCCCAGGAAACGGACCUCACCUACCCUCUGUCGAGCUAUUUCAUCAGCUCCAGCCACAACACGUAUCUCACCGGUAACCAGCUGUACAGCGAGUCGAGCACCGAAGCGUACAAGAACGUUCUGCUGAGAGGGUGCCGCUGCAUCGAGAUCGACGUCUGGGAUGGGGAUGAUUCCGAUAACGAGGACGGCACGUCGGUGAGCAGCAGCGAUGAGGAGGUCGCUGCUGGCACCAAGGUGAAGAAGAGUCGGCUGUCGAAGCUCAAGGAUAAGAUGCCGAGUUCGCUGUCGAGCAGGCUUGAAAAGACUUCCUUGGGGAAAAAGAUGGAUGAGAGGAUCGAGAAGAAGGAGAGUGUCAGUGCCCCGGCAGCGACGAGUCCACCUGGCGCAACAAGCCCGCCCACCACAACGAGCCCGCCUACAACAUCAAGCCUACCUGCCGAAGGGCAAAAGCUCGAGUUGCAGAAGACGCCAUCGCCGAAGCCUUACGGUAUCGAGCCCCAGGUCUUCCACGGUUACACCCUCACCAAGGAGGUUUCUUUCCGGCACGUCUGCGAGACGAUCCGAGACUUCGGCUUCGUUGCCACCGACACGCCAUUGAUUGUCAGUCUAGAAGUACACUGUGGUCCGCAGCAGCAGGAGGUCAUGGUUCAAAUCAUGGAGGAUACAUGGAAGGGCAUGCUGGUCCCGACUCCGGAAGUCGACGCCUCAGAACUACCGCGUCCGGCAGAUCUCAAGGGUAAAAUCUUGGUCAAGGUGAAGUACGCCCCGCCGCCUACGGAGGCAGGGGAAGCUGUUCUCGAAGACGACGAGAGCGACGAGAGGCCGACUGGGGAUGUUUCCAACAAGAAAGCUGAGAAGAAGAAGGCUUCCAAGAUCAUCCAUGCGCUGAGUAGACUUGGAGUCUACACUCGAGGAAUCUCUUUCAAGUCCCUUACGCAGCCCGAGGCCUCAAUGCCGACGCACAUCUUCUCGCUGUCAGAGAAGGGCGUUAUGGAAGUCCACGAAAAACAGCCAGAGAUUUUGUUUCACCACAACCGACAUUAUCUGAUGCGAGCGUAUCCCUCUGGCCUGCGAAUUAGAAGUUCCAAUCUCGACGCGCCCGUUUUUUGGCGCAGGGGUAUCCAGAUUGUAGCGCUCAACUGGCAGAACUGGGAUGAAGGGAUGAUGCUCAACGAGGCCAUGUUUGCGGGCACGCCGGGCUACGUCUUGAAGCCUGAAGGGUACCGCUGCCUCAAGGCCGGCUCACCUCCUCCUCCUGCCCCUGACGCAGCCCUCGACGCCCCGCAGAUCACGUACAAAACGCUCGAUCUCCAAAUCGACGUCCUCGCCGCGCAAAACCUCCCAUUGCCGCCGGGAGACACCAAGGUCUCCGGCUUCAAGCCCUACGUCAAGGUCGAGAUCCACGUCGAGUCCCCGGAAGAACGCCUCCCCGGCGCUCACAUCAAGAACGAAGGCCACGAGCAGGAGGGCGAGUACAAGGCCAAGACCAAGUCGAACAAGGGCAUCGACCCCGACUUCAAGGGCGAGGAGCUCAAGUUCACAGGUGUCCCCGGUGUUGUGGAGGAGUUGACUUUUGUGCGGUUCACCGUUAGGGACGACGAGAUUAUGCGGGAUGACUUGGCGGCUUGGGCGGCUGUGAGACUUGAUCGUUUGAGAAGCGGCUACCGUUUCGUGCAUCUUAUGGAUUGCGAGGGCAGGGUCACGGAGAGUGUUAUUCUGGUGAGGAUCACCAAGAAGGUGUACUAA